ACUGUGUUCACUCUUUCACAAGCUAUUUGUCUGGAUUUAGUCUUGGAUUCAUCAGCGGUUUCCGCGCAGUUUCCACAAUACAUCAUCUUCAAUACUCUAUUUUUCCGAUUCACUUUUUCUCUCUCUCCUUCAGAAUCUACAAGGGAGGGAGUGGAGUUUAUAUUUUGGGGAAUUGGAGAUAGUUGAGGGGAAUUCAGCUUCAGGUGUGUGUAUGUUAGUGGGUGUCAAUAUAAUGUUGUUUUUUUGUGUGUUUUCAGGUUGUGGUUCGAUGAAUUAAUGAGUCUUUGGACGUCGGUGCAAAAUCAGCCCAGCUGGGAAGGGCACCUUGUGAACCUGUUUGCUCGCCUCGCCAACGAUAACAUCGGCUACGUGGACUGGACCCCGUAUAUUCCCACAAUCUUCACCAGGAUCCUGCGCAGUCUGAACCUUCCAGUUGGGGUCAGUCAGAUGGUGGCACCGCGGUAUCUCACCAACUCCUAUGACAUUGGACACUUGGUGUUGUGGAUCACAGCGCUUCUGGGUGGACCAGGAAACCCUGCACAGAAGGAGCUGACCUGCCUUUUCAACAGCAUCGCCUCCUUCUACCAUCCAUCCAAUCAUGGUCGCUGGCAGUCUCGACUGAUGCGGCUGCUUCAGCGUCUCCCAGCGAGCGUUGUGCGUCGCGUGCACCGGGAACGUCACGCUGCCCCCAGCUGGAUCACGCUGGUUCCUGAGUGUCAGAAGUUGACUGAUACAGACUUGCAGGCGUUCACCCGAAGCCUCAUCGGGGCCACCCUGCUGGCCAUGUUCAGUAAAACUGGCAGUACGGAUGCAGCCUACGCUCUUCAGAACCUGGCUCUCCUCACACCAGAACUAGCCAUACCACCUGUACUUGAGAAGACCUAUGCAGCGAUGGAGACCCUGACGGAGCCGCAUACCCUCACCGCCACUCUCAGCUGCAUGAUUGGCAUGGCUCGCAGCCUGGUUUCCCCUAACAACCACUACCCAGAGGGCCGUGCGCACGUGCUUCCACUGCUCAUGGGCUCUCUGCCAGGGGUGGACCCCAACGACUUCAGCAAGUGCAUGAUUACGUUCCAGUUCAUCGCCACCUUCACCACUCUGGUGCCUUUAGUGGAUUGUUCGUCUGCUCCUUCUCGACACAGUGAUCUCACAGAGAUUGAGAAAGAUCUGUGUUUUGCUUCAGCUGAAUUUGAAGACUUCGUUCUCCAGUUUCUGGACAGGUGUUUUGCUCUGAUAGACAGCAGCACCCUGGAACAGACGCGUGAUGAGAUGGAAACGGAUACCCAGACUCAUCUCGAGAGCCUGGUGGAGUUGGGCCUGUCCUCUACUGUUAACACCAUCCUAACACAAUGCUCCACAGAAAUAUACAAGCUGCUGAAAGAGAAACAUGAUAACACUGUCUUAAUUGCUGAGACAGUGCAGCAAAAGAAGCUCCUAGGGAAAUAUAACAGAGUGUCUCAGUUCGCUGUGGAGGAAUUUGAGGCCUUACAGGAUACCUUGAACCUGGAGAGGGACUUGAGGACAGAGGCAGAGAACUUUGCCAGAGCGAUGGUGGUUGAGCAAAAGCAGCUGAAGAGACAGAGUCAGAUCCUGAUGCAGAGCUCCUUUCCCAGUCAAGCUCUGCAGGAAGCCCUUAGCCAGGUCACCAGACUAACUCAGGAUCUGGAGACACAGAGGCUCGAGCAUCAGCACCAGGACUGGGGCAGAGCUGGAGAUGUGGCAGCCUUGGGUGUGUGUUGGCAUGUGCCUAGCCAGGAGGAGGAGAACUUUGUUUUCCAGCUGUUGUCCCGCCUCCUGCACCCUGAGCUGCAGCGAAUCAAGGGCCAUGUCUCUGGAGAUCAUCCAAUGAGCAGGGAGGAGCUGUUGCAGAGUCUUGCUAUUGUGCAGCACUGCCUUCUUGGAGCUGGAAGCAUGCUGCCCCCUCUGGAUGGACCACACGUAUCUGACCUUAUUCCCUCAAUGGUAAAUCUGGGAGAGAUCAAGCUGCAUAUAGGUGUUGACUAUGAUGAUUCACGGGAGAACUACAGAGAGUCCAUCUGCCAAACCAUGAGACUGCUGCUACAUCACAUCUUGGAGCACUCGGAGGAUGACACAAAGUCACUCUUUGUCAUCAUUAAGAUCAUCAGUGACCUCAUGUUUUUCCGAGGCACUCACAAGAAGGAGUUUGACUCACGUUGGAAGAGCUUCACUCUUGUCAAGAAGUCCAUGGAAAACAGGCUUCAUGGGAAAAAGCAGCACAUUAGAGCAUUGCUCAUUGACCGGGUUCUGCUCCAGCAUGAGAUGAGGAAGCUGGUGGUUGAGGGCAGUGAAUAUAAAGUGGUUCACCAGGAGCUGCUCUGUAAUCUGCUGCUGCUUUCUACCAGCACUUACAGCCAGGUACGUAGCAGGGCCCAGAAUGUGCUGACAGCCGCACUGGGAACCUAUAGCUUCUCCUACAGAGACCUGAUUCCCAGAAUCCUGCAACUGCUCUCACCACAACACAAUGGCACACGACAGCAGUUUAAGGGGGCUCUGUACUGCCUGCUGGCAUUGCACGGUAGUAUUUCUCUGCCCAGUGCGAGGGACUGGGACUGCGUCGGGGAGGUGUGGCUUGCUCUGGUCCGCUGUGGCCUGUCGCCCACCAUGACUUUGGAGGAGGCCUCCAUUGGUCGACUGCUUGACGACAUCACUGACAGGAUCCAUCGCCAGCACGACACCAUAGGGAUCUAUUUUACUGUAUCUGAAGGAUGUGUAGAGGUAGCCAAUCUUAUCGCACAUUCUGAAAAACCCACGCCUUGUUUAGAGCCACCGUCGGUAGAGGAGCUGAAAGAGGGGCUUCAGCGUCAGCGAAUCAAAAAUGUGGUUGCUGCAAGGAAAUAUGAGAAGCUGGUCAAUGAUCUCUUGGACUGCCUUGAAGACAGAGACCUGCCCUGGAAGUUUGAGCACAUGGCCACAGACUUGUUGUCUCUCCAGCUUAGAGAUGAUCACCCACUUCCCCCCGAUGCUGUCCUCUUCUUCACACAAGGCCUCAUACAUGACUCCAUCAGCAUACGCAAGGUGGCAAUAUCAGCAAUGGCCGGUGUCCUGAAACAGCUAAAACGACCAAGAAAGAAAGUGGCUGUGAAACCAUCAGAUAUCAGUGGCAUAGAGGAUCCUGAGGGUGUGUGUGGGGAUCGUGAGGGGAAUCGCUGGCUUCAGUACGACAGCAACAAUCUACCUCUAAGUGAGGAACAGUGGGAUACUCAACCAUAUGUGGAGAAAACACACUGGGGCUACUACACAUGGCCAAGAGAAAUGAUGAUCCAUGCAGCUUCUGAAAAGCCAAAAGAUGACCUGACGUAUGAAGAGAUGAGUGAGGGUGAAAAGAUCAUCUUUGAAUAUUUCUCGGACCCAGAGUUUAUUGACCAGCUCAUAGAGUUUCUCUCAUUGGAGGAUCGGAAAGGAAAAGACAGCUUCAACCCCCGACGGUUCUGUCUCUUCAAGGGGCUGUUUUGUAACUAUGGUGACGUGUUCCUGCCAUUACUAUGGCCUCACCUAGAGCAGCUCGCCAGCGACCCCCAUGAGAGCUCCCAGCGCUGCGUGUGUGAGAUUACUGCAGGACUAAUCAGAGGCAGCAAACUCUGGAGUUUCAGCAAGGUGGACAGGCUAUGGAAGCUUUUGUGCCCUUUGAUCAGGACAGCAUUAACCAACAUCACAGUGGAAACCUACACAGACUGGGGCACCUGCAUCGCUACUGCCUGCGAGGGCCGGGACCCCAGGAAACUCCACUGGCUGUUUGAGCUGCUGAUGGAAAGCCCACUCAGUGGGGAGGGCGGCUCGUUCAGGGAUGCCAGUUUGCUGUAUGUGCUUCAGGGAGGUCUGGCCCAGCAGCAGUGGAGAGUUUCGGAACUGCUGCACAGGCUGCUGGCUUACCUGGAGCCCAAACUCACCCAGGUGUAUAAGAAUGUCAGGGAGCGCAUUGGAAGUGUCUUGACCUAUAUCUUCAUGAUAGACGUGGCUCUGCCCAACACCCGGCCCACCUCCUCCCCCCAUGUGGCGGAGUUUGUCCCUCGGGUCCUGGAGCGGCUCAAGCCCCUCACGUCGGAGCCGGAGAUCCACAAUCAUGUCCACGAGGAGAACACCCAGGAGACAGACGAGCGCACCCAGGCUGUCAAACUGCUCAAGACGGUGUUGAAAUGGUUGAUGGCGAGCGCAGGGCGGACUUUCACCACUCCCGUUCAGCAGCAACUACAGCUCCUGCCUCUACUCUUCAAGAUUGCCCCAGUGGAGAUUGAUGAGAGCUAUGAUGAGAUGAAGCAGGAUGCGCGCACGUGUCUCUCUCUCAUGUCCCAGGGCCUGCUGUAUCCUGAGCACAUCCCUUUGGUUCUGGCAGCGCUGGAAGAGAUGGCAAGCAGUAGGUCAUGGCAUGCACGCUUCUCAGUACUGACCUACCUCCAGAUCAUGGUUUUCUACAACUUGUUUACCCUGCUCAGCGUGCCUGCCGAGGUGCUCCGCAUCCGAAAGCUGGUGAUGCAGCUGCUGCUUGAUGAACAGCUUGAGGUGAGGGACAUGGCAGGCACCACCCUCAGUGGUUUACUGCAGUGCCAGUUCUUCCCUCUGGACUCCAGUCUGCAGACACAGCUCCAGACGCUGAGUCAGACUCGCCUCCCCAAGGCCAGAGGAGAGCUGGCCUCCACAGACUUGGUGCGCCGCCAUGCUGGAGUGCUCGGCCUCAGUGCGUGCAUCCUGUCGAGCCCCUACGAUGUUCCAGAAUGGAUGCCUCAGAUACUGAUGGACCUGAGCGACCAUCUCAACGACCCACAGCCUAUAGAGAUGACUGUGAAGAAGACCCUGUCGGAGUUCAGGCGCACUCAUCACGACAACUGGCAGGAGCAUCGUCAGUGCUUCACUGAUGACCAGCUGCUUGUGCUCACAGACCUCCUGGUGUCGCCCUGUUACUACGCCUAGACGG